CCUUGUGAGUAUCCCCUUUCUCUCUAUCUCUCUUUUUACACAAGCAUUAAAUAUUUUUUAGGAGGUACCCGUUUGGAAAAAUGAAGAAUUCAGGGAUUCAAGGCAAUCUCAAUCAAGUGAUGAAAACACUGUUCAGAGCCGUAUCUCUCAACAGCCAUACGUUGCUCCUUCAAAAUACACUGAAAAGCUCUCAAAAAUGCUCCAUCAAAUUCAAUCAGAUAUCAAGGUCAAAGAAGAACUUGUCUCUCAUCUUGAAAAAUCAGAGACCGAAUUUGCAUUUAUGCGCAAAAAAUUUGACGAAAAAAUCAAUGUCCUUCAGACACAAUUGGUCGAAAUGCAAAAGGAAAAGGAUAUGGCCUUGAUGCGUACAAAAUCCAACAUGGCCAUCAAAGCAGAUAUCAAGCAGCAAGUUGAACCUGAAAUUCGCCAAGAAUAUGAAUCCAAAAUAAAGCAGUUGCAGGCCAAGAUUCAAGAUUUGACACGCAAAUAUACGAGUGCGACAACUAGCGUGCAAUCCGCUCGUAAUCAGAAUGAAUCCGCUUUAAAGACACUCAAACUGAACAUUCAACGUCUAGAAGCAGAGAAGAAACGACUGGCCCAGCGCAUGAGGGCAGAGGCUGAGCGUGUUCGAGAACAAUUUUCUAGACAAGAGCGCAAAAUCCAGCAACUUCAACGUCAGCAAGCACAGUACAGCCAAGCAAAGAAGCGGCUGGAACGAGAACAUGAAGAACAAAAGAAUGUUCUCAGAAAACGCAAUGAGGAAAUCAUGAUGAGUACUAGCCAAUUGAAACAGACAAUUGCUGUUAUGAAGAAAGCUGUUCGCGAGGGAGGCAUCCUUGACGAGAAGAUGUUGGCGAAGCUAGCACCUAUCCUCGGUGGUCACUUUGCAGUCAUUGCCCGUGGUGGAGGACAUGGGUUCCCCAAGAAGAAGAAGAAAAACCCUAUUCCUUUGACCAUCCGUAUCAGUCGUAAGAAACAGUUGUUAGACAGAGCACUUGCGCAGUAUAUUCAAGGAAAGCAGGCCAUUUUUGAAAUGGAACAAUUACUGUUACGAAGAGAACAACUAGUCAAAGAAAAGCUAGAGCUAGAGGAAGAAAGAGAACAUGUAUACGAAGUAGAACGAGACCAUGAGGAAAACACAGGGCAGCCUAUGGACAUGAUUGCUAUUGAAUUAAUGGAUGAACGUAUUGAGGACAUCUCUGCUGAAAUAAGCUAUCUCACCUCUAGAGUUCGCUGCUUACAAAAAGAAGCAGCUGUUGAAGAUAGCUUGCAGCAGCAAAUGCCUGCUGCGCUAAUGGAUCAUCGAAAGACAGGAAAGCAUGUCACAUUUGUCGAUGAGAUUGUACCAGAAAUAAAGCAAGUAGAAGAAGAGUGGGUCGAUAUUGAUAUGUUUGAAGAGCAAUACAGUUUACCGAUGAAUACAGCACCAGAGAUUGCCUAUGAAAUGACAUGCAAGCUGAUCAAAUCAUUUGAGCAAGAUGAAUAUCAAAGCAUUAUUGAAGGCUUAGUAGAUGAUGUUAUGGAAUUGAAAAUGAAUGAAUAUGAAAAUCAUAAUACUUUAAAGAGCAUGGAAGAAACCAUCAUAGAGCUAAAGCGCACUAUUAAUACCUUAAAAGAUACCACCAACACUACUACUACGAAUACUACUACUAAUAAUAAUCAUAAUAAUAACCAUAAUAAUAAUCACAGUCAUAAUAAUGCCGAUAAUAUUAAUACAGAUGAAGACUUACUCAACUUGAUGAGAAAACGCCAAAUACUCAGUUUACCGAAUUCACCCAUUGCAUCACCUCAUAACAUUCUACUUAAAAAGAGAGAUUCCAUUACGCCUUCACCAGAUAGAUUUUACAACAUGAUCCAAAAGAGAUUAUCUAGAGAAGAAGAAGACGAUGACGCAAUUGAACAAUAUAUAUUUGAUCAUGAAUCCAGUACAUCAUCUAUUCGCAGCAUUCAUUUAAGACGAGGGUCUAAUGAUGAUGAGGACAGUAUAAGACGUCCAAGUCCUAUCAUCAAAAAUAAGUCAGUAUUCGAUCGACUAGCACAAACACCUACACGAUCAUCCAAAGCCAAAAUGAAUAAUAGGCACAGUAGUAGUAGCGUCGAAGAACUGAAGAAAGGUUGGGAUAUAGAGAAUGUUCAUAGACCUCAAAGUGUAACUACUGGAAGAUUUUAACACUAAAUAAAAUUUACUUUUAUUUGAACAAUGCAUAUUAUACA